AUGAGUUCUGAUGAAGGAUGUCGUCCUCUUCGCGGGAAAGUGCUAUUACCAGCGAGUGGUGUACUAACUGAAGAUGGCAUUCCUUUCUAUCAUUUGAUACGAUAUGCGCUGAAACCGAUUCAUUUACAACGAGUUAAGCAGUGUGGGAUCGAACUGAAAAUUGGACAGUUUUCAAAUGAAGAAAAUAAUCUACUUGAAAGGAACUGGGAGAGAUAUGCAGCAGCAAAUAAUGUCGAUUGCAGUCGAGCUUAUGAAUUUGCAGGCGGUUAUAGUAGAGAAAUGGAUGCGGAUGAACGGAUCAAUCUAUUAGUCUUUCAGAACAAAACUAAUUUUGUUCCGGCAAUGUGUGAAGGACUCAAUGAUCGGACAGGACGACAGGUGAUUAGCAGAAUGUUGAUUAUGUACCAUCCGGGUGAAAAAAACAGGCCAGAAUGGAACAAUGAACUAGAGGAACAAUUUGAGAAGUUGUAUGCUGAAGGUUGCUCAUCCCGGGCUAUAAGUAUUCGUUUGCAGCGAUCCAAGGCCGAAAUAGAUUACCGAAUUAAUUUAUUGAGAAGGAGAACAGAAAAACCAUGUGAUUUUGACGACUAUGAUACUGAAUUGACUGAUAGUGCUCGACAAGUUCUUUAUGGUUUUGUAACCAAAUGGCUGCUUCCUAGAAAUUGUCCUUCCGAAUUAGAAGAAAUGUUGCCAGAAAAAGAAACAUGGAAUGUGGCUGAUUUUGCUUUACUGCAGGAUCAGGAAAAGGCUAUUUCAUAUUUACCCUGGCUUUCACUUACUUGGAAAAUGUUACGUCCUGUUCCUGUGAUCAAAAAAUUGUGGUUGAAAGAGGUCGAUAGAUUACGUGCAACAUGUGAAAGAUUUGAUGGCGAUACAGAAAAGGCUACAGAUGCUUGCAUGCCAAAACUUCCUUUAAUAAGUGUUGGCGAAUAUAGACGUGCUCUAAGUUUGUUUCUGGAACAAAAACCAAUGUUCCCAAGUCGUAUUGAUAUUGAACAGUUACAAAGGAGAAUCGAGGAGGAAAAUUUAGUCGGAUAUUGCACAAAUGGUUUAAUUGAAGGUGAAUUUCUGAAAAGAAUGUUGUGCGGUCAUAUUGUUAAUUUUAGACAUGCCACAAGGGCAAUGAAUUUCAACUGUGUUGAUUGGAUUACCGUUCUGAUCGAGUAUCUGACGCACUUGGAUGGAAGUCUCAGGAAGUGGCACUAUAGUAUGAAGUAUGUAAGAGAACUUAUUUCACAAAAAUUGGAAAAAAAACAUGAAAAUGUUCUAAUUAGCAGUAAUGAUACUAUGAACGCUGAUGAGAAUAAUUCACUUUCUUAUUCAGCAGCAUUUAACAGGGCUCAUAAAUAUGAACAAAAAAACUGCAUAUCAUAUAUUAAUGAUUUAGAAGUACACAACACAAAUAAUCAAAAACUUGUAACAAAUGAGGGAUCUACUGCUUCUGAUUUUUAUACUGAAUACUUCACCGAAAAAUUAAGAAAUCUUAUCGAGUCUCGAAUUAUAUUGUUUGAUGAACAACAACAACGAAAUUUUGGGAAAAAAUUAAGGAAGAUAAUGAAGAAGGAUGAGAAAUUAGAAGCAUUGCGAGGAUUAAUUGAGAAAAUGAUUUCCAUCCUGGAAGAUGAGCAAAAAAUGAAUUUGAUCAGAAAACACGAAAAGAUCAUAAGAAGAUUCCAGAAAAUGCAGGGAGCGAGAAGUACGCAAAGUGACGUUCACUGUGAUUUUAAUGAAGCGGAAAUGCCUAAUAAAAGUUGCAAUGGAAAAGAUGAGACAGGAAACUAUAGUUAUUCUGAAGGAGUUGCUGGAAUGAUCCAAGAGACAAAGAUGUUAGAUUCUGAUAUUGGUUUUGAUAUGAGUGGUUCAUUGGAAAAGGAUAAAGCAAAUAGUAAAGGAGAAUCAAGACGACGGAAAUAA